AGACGCAAAGAAGUCUCUCCUGGUUGGUUCUGUUUGUUCAGGGCACGGCAAUCAGUUGAUGGUGUUCGAUGUUGAGAUAAUGGUUACCCUGGGGAGGGAAGAGUAACUAGAAAGCAGGAGGUGGUUCUAGGGCAUGGCCUUAUUCUAUCUUUUGAUCUGGCCGUUAUCACAUAGGUGUAUAUGGUGUGUGAACUUCUCCGAGCUCUCCAGUUGUGACUUGUAAGGUUUUCUAUGUGUCUGUUAUACUCCAAAAAUAAUUCCAGAAAUGGAGAUCCUUAGGGCCACAGCAGACUAUAGAGUCAGACUCUGUGAGGAUGGGAUCAGGGGACCCUGCAUCUUAAAACCUUCCCUUCCAGGUUUUUCUUAAGAGCAUUGGAUUUGGGGAAUCUUCACUAAAAGAAAGGGGUCGAAGAAACAGCCUCCAAUGCCCAAGAAUCCCAUUCUGCACUAACAAUAAAUAUUCCUUAGAAAAGAAAUUCUUGAUAUCUUGGAGUCACUUAGCUUCCCCGGUUAGGAAAACACCUAUCAUCUUUCAGGUGCUGAGAAAUCAGUGAUGUAGAGAAAGGUGUGAAUGUGUAUUUUAAUAUAUUACAUUUAAAAAUAGUAUUUCUUAUAAUUCGUCAUAAGCACAAUGACUCAUGAAUAUUUUGAGGCCCUCUAAAAACAGGCAGGUGCUAGGACCUAAUGGAAGUCAGGCUUUCAGUAGGAGGGGAGACAGCACUAUGGGGCGUGGUCCCCUGGAAGCAGGUACAGAAAAGCCAGUUCUUCCACCUGGAAACUAAUGAGACUCCAUUUCUACUCUCUCCACACCACCUCCGAGACACUAGCAGCUUUCACACUUGCUUGUCAAACCAAAAGCAUGUUUCUUGCAAAGGCUUUAUUGGAAGGGGCCGAUCGAGGUCUUGGAGAAGCUCUUGGAGGCCUUCUUAGAGGAGGCGGUCAGAGAAGAGGAGGAGGAGGAGGAGGAGGAGGAAAUCUCGGAGGGAUAGUUGGAGGAAUCGUGAAUUUCAUCAGCGAGGCCGCGGCAGCUCAGUACACCCCAGAACCGCCUCCCACUCAGCAGCAUUUCACGACCGUGGAGGCCAAUGAAAGUGAGGAAGUUCGUCGGUUUCGACGGCAGUUUGCCCAGCUGGCGGGACCGGACAUGGAGGUGGGUGCCACCGACCUAAUGAAUAUUCUCAACAAAGUCCUUUCCAAGCACAAGGACCUGAAGACCGACGGCUUUAGCCUUGACACCUGCCGGAGCAUCGUGUCCGUGAUGGACAGUGACACGACCGGCAAGCUGGGCUUCGAAGAAUUUAAGUACCUCUGGAACAACAUCAAGAAGUGGCAGUGUGUUUAUAGGCAGUAUGACAGGGACCACUCUGGGUUCCUGAGAAGUUCCCAGCUGCGCGAGGCCCUGCAGGCAGCGGGUUUCCAGCUAAACGAGCAGCUUUACCAAAUGAUCAUCCGCCGCUAUGCUGAUGAGGACGGCAGCAUGGAUUUCAACAACUUCAUCAGCUGUCUGGUCCGCCUGGAUGCCAUGUUCCGCGCCUUCAGAUCCCUGGAUAGGGAUGCAGACGGUCUGAUUCAGGUGUCCCUCCAAGACUGGCUGCAACUGACCAUGUAUUCCUGAAGCCAGCCCCUCCCCGAGGACGGGACUCCUGACAGCCUCGCCUUCCCGUCCCCAUGGCGGCUGAUACCCUGUCCCAGAGCUGUCAUUUUCUGCGAGCUCAUAUAUCUCCCUGCAUGCUUCUGAACUGGGACUGCCCUUUGGUGCUCAAUUAAAACAGAUUUUUUUUUUUUUAAUGAGAAA